AGCUUUCAACAACCUUAACCCCUGUUUGCAGACCGAGAGUGGUUGAUUAAUGUUGGGUUUGUGUCAAUUUCCUGGAUGAGCACCGAGUGAACAUGAACAUAUGAAUCUGCGUAUAGUCAUGAGGUAACAUGUAUUCAUAUGAUCACAAAUACGCUGAAAAAUAGUCACUGUGUGCGGCAGUUCGAGGCGAAACAUUAACAGACAUUGAAAUUCAGGUCAGUGGGCGUGUCACAUGAUCUCGUUGAAAACCUAUAUUUUACGAUGGAACUUGCCCCAAGUGUCGUGGAAAACCUUUCUCUUGCUGGUGAUAGUUCCCGAAUCCCAGACAAAUGUUUCAAAACGCUAGUAAGCAAAGCGUGUCAAGGUGUUCUUGACCCAAGACUGAGAGAUGCCGUCUCUGGUCACCCUGACAUGAAAGAUGUAGACAAGCCGUCAUUAAAAGCCGCCUACUCAGGACUCGUGACUCUCAUACUUGAAGCAGCGAAACAGGACUCUGAGAGUGAGACAAUUGGUUCUAUACUUGAAGACUGUAAAUUUUCAACAGAGAGAAUAAACAGCUUCAAUUCAAUAUUCCUGGCUCAGAAACCAUCUCUUCAAAUCUUACUUGGAAGUGUAGGAAAUAGCCCUCCUCACAUUGUUGAUAUUGACUGGAGGUUGGACUACUACAUCAAGAACAAUCAUCUUGACAAGGUGAAUGAGCCUGUGUACCUUAUAAGCUUAAAGACUGAACAGCCUGGGGACAGUGAAUUAAAAGAAGUCCAGUUUUCCUGCUCUCUUGAACAACUGCAAGACCUUGUAGGAAAGCUUAAAGAUGCAACAAAGUGCUUGGAAAAACUAAGUCAGAUAUAGCUAGCAUGUUUGUGUAUGUGGAAACUGAGACAAUAGUCCUUGAAUGAAUUACAAGAUAUGUAUUUUUCUUUCAAAUUUCAAAAGGGAACAAAAUGCAUGAAGGCAGGCUCUAUGCUUUUGUCAGUAUCUACAAACUUGUGUAAUGUUUAACUCAGGGUUUGACAGACAUGCUGGGCAAUUAACAAUAUUUUUAUAUAAAGUUUAAUCAGAACCGACAAAGUUUGGUUUUUGGGCAAGUCAAAUUGACUGCAAAAUACCUGUACAUAUGAUAAAAUAUAAUGAUGAAAUAAUGUUGCUAGCUGCAUCUUUACGCUGUAUGUAUGGUAAAAUGUCUGACAGGUUAGUUACCUGAAGCAAAGUGUGGCAAAUGAGUAUUUGCAAGGUUAUUGUGUGGAAUCCUAUUUGAAAGAGAUGACUUGCAGUUGUCAUGCUCAUUUCUGUUAGACAGUAAAUAUUCUGUCGCAGUGGACCUGUUGGCUUACUGAAAAGAUAUUUUGUUAAAUCCGUAACUACCAGUCAAGCAAAGUAUUUUGUAUGAACACCAGUAGAUCAAUACUCAUACUAUAUUUGUACAUUUGAUAAGUUAUACGGACAUCCGUAACUCCAUCGACAUUGCUGCCACAAUUCUCUUUACUGAGUUACAUCUCUUUUUUCAUAUCAGAAUCUUAUGAUCAUAUUUUGAAUCCUGGUUCUCUAUAUAUUAUGUUCUAUGAUUCUCAUCACAAUAGCCAUGCUUGUGGAUUUCACCAACGUGGGUUUCACAAAAGUGAAAAAUAUCCAAAACUUGCAUCGCCGGUGUGACAGUAUUAACAGAGUUAGCACCAUCUUCCUCAUACAUUAAGCUGUUAUCUAGGGCUGGCUAUUGAUUCAGAUCAUGGAGAUCGCUACUCGUUAAAUAAUUAUCGAUCUGUUAUCAAUAAAGUAACUAAGGGCAAAAUGCCACAAAAGUCUGUAAGAAAUCGUCAUGUUUCACGUCAUCGGUGAGUGGUGGCAUAUUUAUGUUUGGAUUACUGAUAAAACAGUGCCCUGAACAUAAUUUAGACACAGUUCAUGAAUAUAGACGUAGCUUUGCAUAUUGUGUGAGUAAGUUAACACUUUGUUUCAUCACAAUAGUGUAUGUAUGAUGACACACUUUUUAUGUCAAUAAUCAUAAAAAAAUAAUUCCCAUCAACGAUAUUUCCGAUCAUUGAUCUUCUUAGCCUGCCCUACUCUUAUCAUGGUUAGAUCUUAAUGCUGGUGAAAUACCCUUUCAAAGCAGUGUUAAAUUUGACUCGCACUCUCUCAAGUUAUUAUUGGUCACAUUGUUCAAACGAUUCUUAUUAGCACUGACGAUGUCUUUGUGAAAACAGUUUGUAGAAGAGGAGUUGAUUUUAUUGUAUUUUGACUUUGAUUAGAUGUACACUUACAUCAAAUUAUGUUAAUGAUAUGUGAUUAAAAUGAUCUUUCAUAUAGAUGA